AAACUCAGAAUCUAGUCUGUUUUUCAAUAGCGGUCUGCAACGCUGUAUAUUUAUUUGGAGUGUCCGCUUGAUGAUCGAAAAUAAAACCACAAAAACACAGAUUUGAACAUUAAUAAUACAAAAUAAAAUAAUAAAUAAUUAAAAAUGGGUCUGUCAGGUUGUGCAAAAUUUGUUAAGUACUUGCUGGUCAUCAUAAACAUCAUAUUUUGGAUAAUCGGUCUAGCUGCCGUUUUCGCCUUCAUAUGGAUUUUUUCCGACCGAUCAAUCAUGUGGACGGUGACGCCAGACCAAAAGAGUUUCAAUGUUGGAAUGUGUAUUUUGUGCGUCGGUGGCAUUGUAAUGCUAAUUAUUUCAAUUCUGGGUUGCUGUGGUUCAUUAAGGGGAUCUCAUUGCAUGUUAAUGACAUUCUUCUGUUUCCUAUUACUCAUUUUGGUCGCCCAAAUCGCAGCUGGUGCCUGGGCUAUACAUAACAAAAGCACACUGGAUGACAUGUUCCGUGCAACGAUCAAAAAUACCGUUCAGAAUGAGUAUGGUGUGAAUCAGGAGAACACCGAUUCAUUUGAUACAUUCCAACGUUAUUUGGAAUGUUGCGGAGCUUCGGGACCGAAUGACUGGGCAUUGAGUAAAUACAACAGCAAAGAUUCAUCAAACGUUAUCAACAUGAAAAUAUCCAGCUCGAGCACUUCGUACAAAAUUCCAGAAUCGUGUUGCAAGUCUGAUAUUGAUGCUGACCAAUGUAUGCUGUCGACCAAGGUGACGCUAAAGUCGGUCAUCAAUAGCGAUAUUCACAGUCAGGGUUGCACGGACAAACUGAUGAACGAGGUCCAUGCACAUAUGACGCUAAUAUGCGGUAUCAUCUGUGCAGUGGUGGUCGUUGAAUUCUUUGGACUAUUGUUUGCAUUGAUAUUGUACUGUGCCGUCAAAAACAAGGAAAACUACAAAUCUUAAGGUAAAGAUUCCAGCAGUAUGAUGAUAGACUAUUGAGAACAGUUUCUGUUUUUUUUCUUCAAUUGUGCAAAGUGAAAAGAGUUUUGCAAAUAAGCAAAUGGACAAUUUUUUUCGAAUUAAGUUGCUUUCUACUUGUAAUUAAAUAAUUCAAAUGACACAAAAUCGAGUCUCUGAUCAGAACUGAAAUACUUUUUUUAUUAAAACAUACUAAACGCUGCCAUUCAUUAGAUAGAGAUUUCUUUAAGAGAAGAUAAAAAAAAACGAACAAAAUGCAUAAGAAAAGAUAUACUAAACUAGACUCACUUUCUGAUAAAUAAUUUUACGGAUAAGUGACAAAAACGAAACUUAUUUUUUCUUUGACGAAAAUUUUCUUCUUUUUAAGUCUAACGAUCUAACUUAAACUUAAAAUAUUUUUUUAAAAACAUUUUUGUGACUAAAUUUAGUCUAACAAAAAAAAUCGAAUUUCAUUAAUUUUAAAACUAACCAACCGAUGAUUACGUGGCUUCAGUUCUCUCCACGUGUAAUUUACCUUUAAUUUUUUUUUUAAGUAAUACCAAUGCACAACAUAUUUCCGUCGUAUAUACCCAUCAACUAACGAACAACUAAUUUUUGAAUUCAUUCAUUCAAAACUCAUUAAUUGGAUCAUGGAGCUCUCAACUAUAGUUAGAUGUCAUCAUCACGUUCAAUAUCAGAGUAUAAAAAGCCAAAACAAACUGAGUUCAUUAUUAGAACAAUCGGUCCAAGCAUUAGUCCAUCAUCUUUUCGAAUCGUAAAUCGAUGAAUGGCCAAAUAAAUUUUCUCUAAAACACUCGACAGCCCGUCAAACGAAUUCUCCUUUUUCAUCCAUUUCAUAACUAUUGUAUCGUCUAUACAAUGACCGCGGUAGCAUUUGUAUCUCAAUUUUCGUUAUAUUUCACAUUAAAAAAAAAUCGUUUUGUACGAGGCGGAACAUUCGUUUUAGUUGAACUGAUGCCAAAUUUUUCCUGAUAUGAGUAAGCGUCUAUUCAACAGGUGUCACACCAUAACAAUUCUAUAAUUUUGUGUGGAGGCUUUAAUUUUCUUGUGAUUUCCCAUAGGGAUUUCUCAGACGUUGUAGCAUGAUUCUCUGGAGUCGUUUGUCCCUUGGUUUUUUUUUAACGGAACAGAUCAGGUAUCCCUUGAUAUGAACCUAAAUUGUGGGUCGACCUGAGAAUAUUUCAAUCUACACUCACCUGACCAUAAUUUACCUAAAAUCUUAAAAUAAGUAAAAGUUCAGGUAAAUAAGGUCAGAUUUCAGGUGUAUCUGGGACUUUUUCAGGUAUACCUUAAAUCUGACAUGAUUUACCUGAACGUUUACUAAUUUUAAGAUUUCAGAUAACUUCAGGUCAGGUAAAAUUUUUCAGUUCAGGUUCAGCUCUAAUCAGAUUCAGAUAAUCUGAGCUUCAGGUUUCAGAUAGACGUGACCUGUUCCGAGCCUUAUUUUUUCUGAACGUUUUAAAGCCAAAUUUAUACCACCUGAAUCGACAGAUUUACAUUACCCUAUGAGCUUAAAAAACACGCACAGUCUGUCAGUAAGAUGUAACCUUUUUUUAAGAAGUUAAAGCCAAAAUAUCAGUCCAUUAUCGUACUCCAAUAAACCAUUUUCAUUUGCAUAAGAUUUUCAUCAUCAAAUUCAACAAGCAAAACAUUUUUUGCCAAAUUAAUCAAACGCGCAUUUCGAUAUAAAGUGAUAGUAACGUAAAAAAGCAAAGAAAUUAAUUCAAUAAAACGUUUGUAUCCGAUGAAAAACCAAAAAGAAAAAAAGUAAAGAAGUGGAAGAAGUUUAAUGAACUUCAAGUAUUAUUGUCGUCAUUUUAAUUAUAAAA